AUGGGUUUAACACGAAAGGACCUUGACGAGAUCGCCACCAUUGUGGAAGUGAAAACAAAAUCCAUCUUGUGCUCCGUGGACUGGCUUGAGCAGCUUACUGAGAAGGUAUUCAAACAAAUGAAUGCUAGAUUUGAAAACAAACUGAAAUCGCAAAUGGCAGAAAUAACAAUUUUGAAGAGCCAAAUUGAAAAUAUCCAAACAGAUAACCUGAAACUUCACUCAAUGGUGGAACAAUUGGAACAAAACCGACGACUGAAAAACAUAAGAAUUCACAAUUUGAAGGUGAAUGACCCCAGAAAGGUAGUGGAAACAACCCUUAAUUUCUUCAAAGAAAAACUGAAAAUCAGGAGCUUAUCCGCUUCAGAUAUUGAAAGUUGCUAUGUUAUCAAGAAUAAACGUAACAUGGAUCGAAACGAAAGUGAAGACAGCAACAGGCUGCCAGCUAUGUUUGUAGGGUUCAAGGAUAAAGCAAUGCAAACUGAAAUUUUGAAAUGUAGAAAGCUUCUUAAAUCCAGUGGUAUUUAUAUUCGAGAAGACUUAACGAAACAUCGGCAGAGUAUUGUCGCAGCGGCUAUUGAAGUUUUUCCAAAGAACUGUGUCUGGUGCAGCAAUGGAACAGUACUUGUUAAACAUGAAGGUACGAUACAUCGUUUGAUAAAUAAAGAAGACAUCAAUCAGCUGGUCCCAGAUCGGCAACCCUCGGACUGA